AUGGCACCUGAUGCUUCCGAAACCACCGCAAGGACAAAGAGGUGCCUCCAGUCAAUCAAAAGCCACGACGGACCUCCAGCCAGAGUCAUCUUCAUCUUCGGCAAAGAAGGCGUCGGGAAAUCAUCACUGACAGAGAAAAUCACCCAAGUGCCAGGCCUCGCUGGCCCUGGAGCAGGCACGGAAACAUGCCAGAUAGUCGACACAGAAAUCAACAGCACCAAGUACUUCAUCGUCGACACCCCCGGACUCCACGACAAAGCCAGCCAGCGGCAUAUCUCCCACAACAUCGCCGAGACAUUCGCGCAGAUCCGCGGCCACGCAGUCAUCGCCGGGAUCCUCUUCGUCACGCCGAUCAACACGUUCACGCGCCGGCCCGAUGAGCUCGAGCAGAGGCUCUAUGCAUGGCUUACCACGCUAUGCGGCGAGUCCUUCUUCCCGCACUUGACCUUCGUCACGACCUUCUGGGAGGGCCGGGUAAAGGCGUACAACGAGCGGCUGCAGGCGCGGAAGCGUGCGGAGUGGGCUGGGUUUCUGCUCCGCGGAGCGCGCACGUACCAGUUCGGAAAGAAACACGUCUAUGGAAUGGAGAUGGAGGAGUUGCUGCGCUGGGAUGUCGACGCGGAAGCGUUGGGUAGCCAUGCCAGGGAGAUGGUGGUCCGUCACUGCCGGAACGACGGGGGCGGGGAGUCUGCAGUCGAGCCUUUGUUUUUGCAGGAGCUGAAUGCGGGCGUCAGACUCGAUGCCACAUCUGCGGCUCGGGUUUUCCGUCCAGAGCUUCUCACCCGAUCAUGCACGUCUCAGGGUUCUUCGGCUUCUGGUGAUGCAGAACCUGCGGAACAGCAGGAGGCUGGAACAAGCGGUUCUACUGGGGCCUCUAGUGCAACGCCAACGCAGCCUGCAGAGGGGUCGUUUGUGUGGAAUUUGUGCUGCGCAGUGGGACGAGGCCUAGGAGAUGCACUUGUGACUCAUGGUCCCGGUCUUGUCCAGAGUGUGGUUGAAAGACAGCUUGGUGGUGGCGGUGGCGGUGGUUUUGUCUUGCGAAGGAAUGGCGGGCUUGGGGCGAUGACAGCGCAGGGUCUAGACAUGAACCUCGUCCGUGGACACAGCCAAGUUCAUGGGACUGUCGUCGGACUUUGA